AUGAAUGGAGUAAGUAAUGAUGCAAUUCGUUUGAGGCUAUUUCCAUUUUAUUUGAGAGACAGAGCUAAAAGUUGUUUGAUUUCGCUGCAAGCCAAUUCCAUUGUGACAUGGGAAGAUCUUGCUCAAAAAUUUCUUGCUAAGUUUAAAGAGAUACUUCGAAAAUGUCCACAUCAUGGUAUACUGAAAUGGAUAUUGGUGCACACUUUCUAUAAUGUACUGAGGGGAAACACAAGGACUAUAAUAGAUGCAGUAGUUGGUGGAGCACUUAUGAGCAAAAUCUCUAACGAAGCUUAUGAGAUUUUAGAGGAGAUGGCCAUGAAUAAUUAUAAUUGGCCAGCUGAGCAAGAAAAUAAUAAGGUGGCAGGAGUUCUAGAAGUUGAUCCUAUUGCUAUGCUCACUACUCAAAUUGCUUCGCUAACUAAACAAAUGCAACAACAAAACAACAUUUCAUCUCAAGCGAUGCAACUACAACCCACUCCUAUCAUUUGUGAGAGAUGUGGAGGCUCUCAUCACUUUCAGCAAUGUCCAGCGACGAUUUCUUAUUUAGUAGAUGAUAUUCCACUUGAAAAGUUUCAAGCCAUUAGUAAUUUCCCAAGGCAACCGAAUAACAACACAUACACUAACACUUAUACUCUAGCGUAUAAGAACCAUCCGAAUUUGUCAUGGAGUAAUAAUCAAGGGCACCAACCACAGUACCAUCCAUAUCCACCUCAAUACCCUCCAAAUAGACCAUCUUAUGGGCUAAAUCGACCCUUUUAUGAUACUCAAAGGCCACAAAUGCCGCAACAUCAACAACCACCACCUCAAAUGACUAAACUAGAGGUAUCUGCUGAUUCAUUGAGCCAAUUUAUGACAAAAACCAGAUCUUCUAUUCGAAGCUUAGAAAAACUAGUUGGCCAGCUUGCCAAGUUAAUGGCAAAUCGUAAUCAAAGGGCUUUACCUAGUUCAACUGUGGUGAAUCCCAAGAAGCAAUGUCAAGCUGUCACUUUAAGGAGUGGGACUAAAAGACUUGGUUUGGGGAAAACUAGACCCACUACGGUUACUUUACAACUGGCCAACCGUUCAUUGACACACCCACGAGCCACUGGUCAAGCCUUGAUAGAUGUUCAAAAAGGAGAGUUGAGGCUAAGAGUGCAGGGUGAUGAGGUUGUAUUUAAUGUGUUCAAGGCUUUGAAGUAUUCUAGAACAAGUGAUAGUUUUUUUAAUGUGAAUGUAAUUGAGGAACAAUUGUCAAAGAGAAAACUUAUCGAAGAUCCGUUUGAGAUGAGCCUUAUUUCGCAAGGAGUGGAAGACUGUGUUGGCACUGAGGUCAUUGAAUAUUGGUUAGAUGAUGGUGUUAUUUAUCCAAUCUCGGAUAGUUCAUCGGUAAGCCCAGUACAAGUGGUUCCGAAAAAAGGGGGAUUGACAGUAGUUAAAAAUGAGAACAAUGAGUUAAUUCCAACUCGUACUGUGACGGGGUGGAGAAUUUGUAUUAAUUACCGGAAACUAAAUAAGGCCACAAGGAAAGAUCACUUCCCAUUGCCUUUUGUUGAUCAAAUGUUCGAUAGACUGUCGAGCCAUCACUUGUAUUGCUUUUUAGAUGGGUAUUCCGGUUAUCACCAAAUACCUAUUGCUCCCGAAGACCAAGAGAAAACGACUUUUACUUGUCCUUAUGGUACGUUUGCUUUUCGUAGAAUGUCAUUUGGAUUAUGCAAUGCUCCUACUACUUUUCAGCUAUGCAUGAUGUCACUAUUUUCUGAUAUGGUGGAAAAGAGCUUUGAAAUAUUUAUGGAUGAUUUCUUGGUCUUUGGCUCUUCAUUUGAUAUGUGUCUACAAAAUUUGGAAAAAGUGUUAAAAAGAUGUGAAGAAUCUAAUUUGGUCCUGAAUUGGGAAAAAUGUCACUUUAUGGUGAGUGAAGGAAUUGUUUUGGGCCAUAAGAUUUUGAGCAAUGGCAUAGAGGUAGAUCGUGCGAAGGUAUCAACUAUUGAGAACUUGCCUCCUCCAAUUUCAGUUAAGGGUGUUCGGAGUUUUCUUGGGCUCGCUAGAUUUUAUAAGAGAUUUAUUAAAGAUUUCUCCAAGAUUUCUAAACCCCUAUCUGCACUAUUAAUGAAUGGAGCACAGUUUAAUUUUGAUGAUGCUUGUAAAAGUGCCUUCAAUACUUUGAAAGAGAAAUUGAUCACUGCACCGAUUGUAGUACCACCGAAUUGGGAACUUCCCUUUGAAUUGAUGUGCGAUGCAAGUGAUUAUGCAGUUGGAGCGGUUCUGGGGCAGCAAGUUGACAAGGUAUUCCGAACAAUUUAUUAUGCUAGUAGGACCUUGAAUGAUGCUCAAUUAAACUAUGCAACUACUGAGAAGGAAGUACUUGCAAUCGUUUUUGCGUUUGAUAAGUUCAGACCAUAUUUAAUUGGUAAUAAGGUUAUUGACUACACAGACCAUUCUUCUAUUAAGUACCUUAUGACCAAGAAGGAUGCAAAACCCCGCUUGAUUUAA